CCAGAAACCAGGAUUUCUUAUCUUGGAAUUCCAUUGAAUAUCGUAUUAUAAUUGAAGCUUUGAGAGAAGAUAAAAACCAGAAACUAGGAUUUCUAUAAGAAGCCCUAGCGAUGGCGGAAGAAUCAUCAUCACCAUCUGUUAUUCUUCAGUUUGCUCCAUUCCAAAGUGCUGUUGAUGAUGGAUUAAUCUCCGGUCUCAAUCACUGGUAUAAAGUUAAAUUCUUAAACAGUUCUCUCCCUUUCUUCGUUAAUCGUUAUGAUGAUAUGUAUUUGUGUGGUUGGCAUGGAGUCGGAGAUGGGUUUGUGCGAUUUGGAGUCUGCCAAGGGUUUGAGGAGAACACACUCAUUUCAGUCGUGGUAACAUCAGAUCAUGCACACAAAGUGUUUGAGGAAAUGCCUGAGAGACCAGUUGAAGAACACAGAUCGUGGACAGAGUUUGGGUGGAGAAAAGCUGUAAGAGGGAAAUAAUGUUGCGGUUUUUUAGUGGUGAGGAACGUACGAUUGUUUCUUAAUGUAAGAAUCUUCUUUCAUUUUAUUGUAUGUUUGGGUGCAGCUGAUUGUGUUGGGUGGAAGCAUGAUAUCGCAACCUGAAUGGAAAUCAAUUCAUACUUUCCUUAUUAAUGGCUCUAAUCUGAGUUCAAUUGUAAGGAAAAUUUCAACUGUUUUGUGCUUUCUCAAGUAAUUUCCUUGCAUUCACAGUUUCUCAUUUUGUGAUCCACGUUAAAAUAAAAAGACUAUGCUUUUUAUCUAUAAUAUAUAUCGAUGUGUCAGCUUAUAAUUUGUUUUAUUUUGUACAGAACAUAAAAAUUGAUUUUUUUUGUUGUUUUCUUUAGAUGUGAGGCAUCUGAAAAUGUUAUCAUCCAUGGACAAUAUCUUAUGUUUACAGCUUUGAGAGUCUUUGAUUGAGGGUUAGUUGGACUCUAUUACAGUCGAGUUAAAUUAGUUGCAUGUGAGUUAAUUGUAAGGAAAAUUUCAAUUGUUUUGUUCUCUCUCAAGUAACUUCAGUCUCCCAGGGCAUAUAUGCAGAGGGAUGUUUUAAAGUACGACUACUACAUUGGUGCUCGGCCAUUAGCAGGAAGACUCACCCGAGUACAUUCACCAAUUUAGUUGCAAAAGUCCCAUGUCUUCUCAUCCGGUAUAUCGCUUCUCUUUAGUAGACAUAGAAAGUCUGCUUCGCAGCUGAGGUUACUCAUUGAUGUGCAUUGCUUUUAUGUACAGUGCAGUGUCUGUUCAAUUAUAUUGAUACUGCUCUCUCAUUUCCAUCUUUAUUGAUGUGUUGCAGCCAUUCAAGGAGGCUCCUCUUGGUAAUAUUUCCACAAUUGCACUCGGUGACACAGAUUCACAAAUACCGUGUAUUGAUAUCAGUGUCAAUUGGAUGUUGGUAAGAAAUAAGGAUGGCUCUGCAAAUAUGCGAAACCAUUCUCUCAGGACAUAAGUGGAGUCUGGUGGUAAAAAUAUCCAACUGAUGAUUUUCUUUUAACAUGCACUAUAUAACUAUGAAGUUUGUAGUCUUUUGCAUCUUUCCCCUGCAGUGAUGUUUGUGCAGUCCAUGUGAGGGAGUAGUGUUCAUACCCUUUUCGCUUUUUGGAAAACAGGAUGACUGGGAAGACUCCAUGGCUGCCUUUUGGUUUGGCAUCUCUUUUAUGUCAUCCUUGGAGGCAGAAAUGUACGUGGUAUGAUUCAUGUUUUCCUGCCAUUUCAAUAAAUUAAUCAUGUUUCUUAGACAUAGCUAGGAAGGUUGGAGUUUUAGCCACAUUAAGAAUCCAUCACACAUGAUUAAACACAGUCAAACUUAUGGAGAUAGUAUUGCUUAAAAAAUUGGGUCCAUAUCAAUUCACUUAUCAACAGGGGAUAAGGAACCAGAGGUUAAAGUGGAUGAUGUAAGAUGUAAUACGAAUUGUGGCUGUGAAUAGUGAUGACACUGAUUCCAGGUAGUUUCAUCACAGAUGUCGUUUGUUGCUAUAAUACAACAUGCUGCUACAGCUGUCAGCAAAAACACUUCUGCUUUAGUGUAGUACUUUUGUUCCUUCUCUUAUUCUUGCUUUAUUUUCUGUUCAUCUUGCACCAUUGAGUCAGUAGAGGGUCUACUACAAAGACAUCUACCAUUGCGAUGGCAGAAGGAACAACUGUGGAAGUUUCUCAGGAGGAAAAGAAGUCAAGUCAUUAACAGUUUCAGGGUUGAUAGGGGUUAUCAUAUACUUAGCCCUCCGUAUGAGGGAUCUAAAUCUCUGAUUUUUUGUGUUCGUGAGCGACAUAGGAUUUUGUCUUUAUACUCUUAUUGCUACCCUUGGGGAUCUUUAUGUUUUUUUUUGGCAGUGUUAGAGCUUUGAUGCAAAAGAAAGAGGAUGACUUUUCAAAAAUACAAAUUCAUCUCUUCUAAUUCCAGAUUAACCUUAUUUUAUGAAAAAUUGUGUAUUGAGCAGCUUAGUAAGACUGCAAUAUACAACUAGAAAAUGAUAUAUUUGUAUAAACAAAAUACUGAGUACA